AUGGCAGAACAAGCAGAAACAAGGAAUGUCCAUUGGCCUGAUACAUCGCUUCCAGAAAAUCAACUAGUAUUGGAAUUGAAUGCAUUACGAGACGGGCUGACAUCUGAAAAAGCAGCACAGUUGUGUUCUCAACUUGGUUGUGGAUAUUUAAUUCAGUUUGUUGAGAGUAGGACAUUGCACUACGCCACAGCUAUGGCAGCAUAUAUUCAAUUACUUAUAUCCAUAGCAAAAAUCGUUGAUCGUCGAACAUUUAUGGAACCAUUUCCGAAAAGCUGUGGAGGAUGCGCCUCUAUCCAAUUUUUUUGUAUGGUCAAUUUACAUCGAGAGUUGGCAAAUGAUGUAUUCGAUUUAUUUCGAGUGUUACUGAACGAUGAUGAAGGCGAAAUCGUAACGAAAGAUGAAGUAUUGACAAUGGGAACUAUGAUGAGAAGGCAAUACAAGAGACAUUACGAUCCGUUUCCCUACAUGGGAAAUUGUUUAGAUUUCACUGAAGAACUAAGAAUGAUGACAGAUAAAUUACGUGAUUUGAUUACGAACGAAAAAUUUGGGUUAGCUAUGCAAAAAAAUCGAACACAAUGUAUUUCUUUCCUAAAACAAUAUUUUACUGAAAGAACUACUCUUAAUCUCAACGAGUUCUUAGAAACGCUUUAA